AUGUGGCGGACCCAGACCAUCUGUUUGGUGGCCGCCGUUCUGGUUGGUUUUGCCGGCGCUGAUCACCUACAGGGCAAUGUCACAGCCGAACUGACGAAGUGCGAACGUGAACGAGCUGACUCAGAAGUGCUGGUCUGGUUGGACAUACACGUCCCUCAGUGCGAUGAGGACGGCAGUUUCAGCACCACGCAGUGCUGGGCUACCCUGGGGCACUGCUACUGUGCCAACCCGCACGACGGCAACUUGUACGGGGACACCGCUACAGAAUCCGUGCAUGGGGAGGGCAUGGAGUAUGACUGCGAUACGUACUGGCAAACCCAGCACCAACCGGAUUGUCACUCAGGCUACACCCAGUCUGACGACUACUGCUUGAAGGCCUACCAGAUGGAAGACACUUGGAGUCGCGCGAACACCACCUGUGCCAACUUCGGAGGAUUCCUGGCUGCGCCCAAGACGCAAGAUCUCAAUGACAAGAUUCUGAACCUUCUUGAAGACGACAGCGAUGGGCACUAUUGGAUCGGGCUGGCAAAGUCGGACGAGGGCCAUUGGCACUGGACAGACGGGACGGCAGCCGUGUUCACGGCAUGGGGACGUGGUGAGCCGAACAACUGGGGCAGAAGGGAAGAAGGUUGUGUCGAGAUUAGGACAGGAGGGAGGGAUUGGAACGAUGCACCUUGUGAUCGCAAGCUCCAUUUCGUCUGCCAGACGGAGAAAGGUGAGGUUCCUGCAGUGUAUGUCGGAGACGACCCGAAUGUGGCGGCCAACCCGUCGUGCGGUGACGAGCAGGAGGCGGCGGACAGGGUUACAAUCCCCGUGGACUGCGGUGGUCUCACGGGCCGGUACGUGGGGAUAACGCUACCGCGAUAUGGCUGGGAGCCGCUCACGCUGUGUGAAGUGCAGGUCUUUGGAGAUGACUGUCUGACCAGAGUCACCGGGACAGACCUGUCGUACCUCUGGGACCUUCCACCUCUGACCUCCUCACCUUUCCCCUUUGAGGUCAAGGCCAGUAGUGACGUACACAUCGUGCUGUCCAAUCAGAACUAUCCAGUGGACGACAUGUAUGAGAUCGUCAUUGGUGGCUGGAGUAACUCCAGGUCCGUCAUCCGCCGCCAGGAGCAAGGGAUGUCAGUGGCGUUAGCCGCCACAAUAGACAUUUUGUCGCCGGACAUCUACCGAGGCUUCCUGAUCUCCUGGUCGGCCGAUGGCACCAUCUCCGUCCGCCGGGAGACGGAGGACGCCCCGUUCCUGACGUGGACAGAUCCGAACCCGCUCCCUAUCGCUCAUGUCGGCUACUCCACCGGUUCAAGCAGCAAUGGGACCUUUCUGUUCUGUCCUCACCAAGAAGUGAACGGGGAGACAGAAGAGUGUAUGGACGGUGAUGGCGAGUCCUACAGAGGGACCGUGGCCCACACCGUGACGGGUCUGCGGUCUGCAGUGUCAGCGAUGGGACAGCCACUCUCCGCACGAGUGAACGGGGAGACAGGAGAGUGUAUGGACGGUGAUGGCGAGUCCUACAGAGGGGCCGUGGCUCACACCGAGACUGGUCUAGAGUGCCAGCGAUGGGACAGCCACUCUCCGCACGUGCACUAUGCGUACACGCCCUUCUGGUACCCGAACGCCGGGCUGGACGAAAACUACUGCCGGAACCCUGACGGCAAUGACGCCGGACCCUGGUGCUUCACCACCGACCCGGAUGUACGCUGGCAGUUCUGCGACGUGACGACAUGUGUUGCUGCUACAACCACACCGCCAUCCCACUGCGACACUGCCACAACUGACGGCAGCGGCAAGUACAGCUGGGACCUUCCACCGCUGGUGACGUCACCCUUCCCGUUCGAGGUGCGAGCCAAGAGCGGCGUGUACAUCGCCCUGGCCACCACAGACUCUGCCGACAGCCGGAUGUACGAGGUCCUCAUAGGGGGAGAGUCCGACACCAUGACCGCCAUUCGCCGGGGGAGGCAGGGCGACUGGGCCGCACGAGCAGACACGACAGAUAUCCUGAGCCCCGAAGAGUACCGGGGGUUCUGGAUCUCCUGGAUGCAAAACGGGACGAUUGCCGUCGGUAAGGAGGGCGAGACUGCCCCGCUCCUGCAGUGGACCGACCCAAACCCCCUCCCGGUGGAACACGUGGGCUACUCGACCAGACCCGGCGUCUCUGGCGACUUCCGGUUUUGCGGCUAUUAUGAAGUCAAGCGGUGGCGCGAGGACGCGCGGUGCGGCGCCGACUUCCCCGCCCCAGGGGCGAACCCGGGGGAGUGUGACCCUAAAGGACCCCACCCCUGCUGCUCGGAGCUGGGCUGGUGCGGCGAGACACCCCAGUACUGCAGCUGUGACGGAUGUGUGGACUACAGGCACCCAGAAGCACUGGAACGAAAAGACUGCCAAGUCGGGGACGGCUCGACAUACAGAGGAGAAGUAGCGGUAACCCACUCGGGACGAGUGUGCCAGGAAUGGGAUGCCUGGGAGCCGCAUUUCACGUGGUACGGCUCCUUCUGGUAUCCGGAGUCCGGCCUGGACAAGAACUACUGCCGGAAUCCGGAUGGACAGUCGGGGGUGUGGUGCUACACCAUGGAUCCGGACAAGGAAAUGGAGCUGUGCGACGUGCCGAAGUGUGGAGACGUCAGUGACAAAGAACUUGAACUAGCUGUACUGGUGUGCGAGUAUGAGACGAUGACCCUAGAGUGUUCCACUAACCAGCACAUCGCCGUGGUGCAUGCCCUGUUCGGCCGGACAGAGACCGAGCCGAACUGCGGCGGGGACAGCUGGUACUUUGGAAACACGAACUGCCGCAGCAUCAACGCCGUGUCCGUCGUGAAGGACCAGUGCGACGGGCGGAGGACCUGCACCGUCACCGCCGACCACGCCGUCUUCGGCGACCCCUGCUUCGGCACCUCCAAGUACCUGGAGGUCAAGUACGGGUGCCUAGAGAACGACUCGCAUAAAGGCAGCAGAGAAUGCCUGGUGAGGCCCGCCAUGCGGAAGGACUGUGGAUGGUCGGGCAUCACACGUGACGAGUGUCUCCUGAAAGGGUGCUGCUUCAAUAGCUCCAUUCCUGGCGUUGCCUCGUGCUUUUACAAGAAGGUUUCGCCUUCAGCUGAGAGUCCAACAGCAAAACAAGACGACCACACCCCGACUGUGACUCAUGGCAUUUCAAAGACACCGAUGAACACCAUGAAGACCACCGAUGCGACUGUUUCCAUGACCACCAAUGCCCCACCUGUGGUGAACUCGAAAGGAGCACUGGGAGGUUCAAAGGAUAAAGACGACGACGGUGACAACAGCCACCAAUACGCCAUCUACAUCGUCAUCGGGAUCGUGGUCGUCGCAGUGCCUCUUGGGAUAGCCGCGUUCGUGAAGGUGUUCUACUGUUCGAAGCCUGUGGACAAGAUGGCGGCCCCCGCCCCCGUCCACUUCACCUCGGGGUCAGGUGAUGCCACCAUCACCUUCGAUAACCCUCACUAUGAGGAGAAGACUCCGUCUGCCCCGGGAUAUGUUCCGAUGAAAGAGUAG